ACACACUGUUAUUAUAACUAUAAGAGUGUACACGUACCAGUGUAAAUACCUUCGAGUGAAUUGUUUCUUGUAUGCCAUAGCACAUUAAGUGGAGGACUCGUAUGGAAAGACGCACAAUGCCUCUCCAAGGCACGCGCUUGAGGCUACCUCAGCACGAGUUUCGUGCGCUGGCGUGCUCCCCGGUACUGGGCUCAACUGCACUGCUGUGUGCAUCGAGCCUAAGGCUGUGUCGUAUCGUUGUCUGUGUCGUUGUAUGCUCGAUUGCUCGUAUCUCGUAUAAUAUGGUCGUAUGUCGUAUCGUAUGUCAAUUUGUCAAAGCGUCAAAGGGGUGUAUUCGUGAGACAAUGUAUGAUAAGCGGUUUUUAUAAUAUUUUAUUUAACAAGUAGUACGAACCAAUUAGGUAUGAUGAGCUGUUGUUAUUAAGAACAAAAUAAUUUCUGAAUAGUGGUUUAAAAAAUUUCAUGUUUUGUCCGGCAUUGUUAAUUUUCUUUCUAAGAUUUAAGAUCCGUGCAAUCGUGUAGCCUAGUCCUACUCAUAAUCUGCUAAGCAAGAAAUUGUAUUUUUGAGCAUAAUUAUGAUGGAUGGAAUUGAAGAUGAGAAUGAAAUAAUCAAUGGAGAAAACAAAAAGACUGGACGCUCCGAAACCGUAGAUCUCACCGACAAUUCUCUCCUAGUAGACAUUUCUGAUGCUCUCAGUGAAAAAGAUAAAGUCAAAUUCACUGUUCAUACUAAGACCACGUUACCAGACUUCAAAAAAACUGACUUCACUGUAGUUAGGCAACAUGAAGAAUUCGUUUGGCUUCAUGAUCGCUUCGAAGAGAAUGAGGAAUAUGCUGGUUUCAUAAUCCCACCUGUACCACCUAGACCUGACUUUGACGCAUCUCGUGAUAAAUUGCAAAAAUUGGGUGAAGGAGAAGGCACCAUGACCAAAGAAGAAUUCAACAAAAUGAAACAAGAGCUUGAAGCAGAAUAUCUUGCAACUUUCAAGAAAACAGUGGCAAUGCAUGAAAUCUUCCUCACUCGUCUAGCCCAGCAUCCAGUUUUCCGACGUGAUAAAAUUUUCCAUGUUUUCCUAGAAUAUGAGAAGGAUUUGACCGUGAGAUCUAAAAAUAAAAAAGAAGUGUUUGAGAGCUUAAUGAAAUCAUUAUCGAAGUCAACUGAUGAAUUCCUCUUAUCUGCAACAGUGAAAGAUGUUAAUGAUUUCUUCGAACAGGAGAAAAACUUUGUAAUUGAUUUUCAUUCCCAUUUGAAGGAAGCUACUGAAAAAUCUGAUAGAAUGACUAAAAAACAUAAAGACGUAGCUGACUCAUUCAUCAAGAUUUCUAGUUGCCUCCUGCAACUUGCUACUCACGAGCAUCGCGAUCUCGAAAAGUUCCUCACCAAAAUUGCUGAAACAUUUGAAAAAGCAAGGAAAGUUGAAGGCCGAGUUGCUUCUGAUGAAGACCUAAAACUAUCUGAUGUUCUGCGAUACUACAUGAACGAUUCAUUUGCCGUUAAACGACUCCUUUAUCGUCGAUUACGCUGUCUUUCAAAUUACGAAGCAGCAAACAGAAAUUUAGAGAAAGCUCGUGCUAAGAACAAGGAUGUCCUUGCUGCCGAAACUGCGCAACAGGAAGCAUGCGAAAAGUUUGAAAAAAUGUCAGAUCAAGGAAAAGAAGAAUUGAUGGAUUUCAAACAAAGGAGGGUGCAGCAAUUUCGUAAAAAUUUGAUUGAACUUGCAGAACUGGAAAUCAAACAUGCAAAGGCUCAAGUGGCACUUUACAAAAAUUGCAUUACUUCACUGAGAGAUGAGGAGUGACCCAGGGCUUAGAGAAAAUGAUUAUUCAUGAGAAUCCAAUUCUGAAAGACAGAAAUGCGGUUACCUCUUUGAAGAUAUAAAACUGGCUGAACCAGUAAUAAUAUUACAUUGCAAACUCUAUAAAAAAAAUUGGUUUUGCAUUCCACUAGGUACAAGAAAGUGGUAUUAUCUUAUUAUAUGAAAUGAGUAUAAUGUGUUUAUAUAUAUAUAUAUAUAUAUAUAUAUAUAAAUUUUCCAAAAUAGAAUAUCGUAUAUCUUUUAAACUUUUGUGUUAUAUCCCAUCUUACUAUUUUGUUGAUGAUCAAGAUACUACUUUGUUGAAUGUUUUGUAGUCUACUGAAGUUGAAUAGGAACUACAUUGUUUAGCUUGCAUCUUAUUAUGAUAAAUGAUUUAAUUAUUAUAUUCCUUGUACAGAAUAAAAAGUAUGACCAGUGACCAAUGUGCAAUCGUCAGCUUCAAAACGUUAUUAGCUUACGUAUUUUUCUAUUUAAUCAUGUAAAUAAAAUUGAUAGCAUUACUGCGUCUACCAUUGUAGAACGUUCUUAUACCUUCUACAUUAUAUUGGUAUGAUCUAGUGACAAAUAAUCAUAUAUUCAAUAUUUGAUUCUUUGAUUCGAAAUCAUUUCGAUAUCGAUCUAAUGAAUUGAAUCGCUACAGAAUUAAAUAUGUCACGAAAUCAUAUUUUGGCAUUUUCCGUCAGCAUCAUCCUUCAUUUGUUCUUUAUAAAUUUUGAAACACUAUUAAACGAUCCACCGAUAUAGACAAUAGUAUUUAUAUAAUUUAUUCAUAAGUAUUUGAUGUAUUACUGGUUUUGUAAUCGCUUAAUCUAUCUGAAUUCCAACAUUCCAUUAUUUAUAUGUAUUGCUUUAUACAUAUGUUGAUAUAUUAUGAAAUUAUAACAAUUGAA